CUCGAGAUCAACAUUCAGAAUCAAACCUCUUUGAAAUUAUCUCGUUGCUUGUGAUAUUUCAAUUCUGGUCUCUUUUUUUUCAGUCCACAAUUAUUGAGUCUACAACUUUUCAGUCUGGACUUCAAUAUUCACAUUAUCAUACUCAAUACUUAGUAUUUCAAUUGUUACAAUUCACUACAAUUUCUAGUCAUUACAAUGUCCUCUUCGUGCUUCUGCAAACAUUCUGAAGAAACUCCGUUGCUGGUCUUAUCCCCAGAGCUACAAGAACAAUUCUCAGACCCCAACCAUCCGGCCAACUUGAUCUGUGAGUUGUGCCGUCUCUUCUACGAUAACAAUUGGGUCACGGGAACAGGUGGAGGGAUUUCCAUCAGAGACGUUGAUGGAGCUAAUCCCAACUUGGUGUACAUCGCACCUUCGGGAGUUCAAAAGGAAAGAAUUCAGCCCUGGGAAAUGUUCUUGGUCGAAUUGCCCGAGGAAAAGAUUUUGAGAACACCAAAUGAUAUCCCAAAGGAAUUAACCAAAUCCUACAAAUACAAGCCUUCAGCCUGUACGCCAUUAUUCAUGAGCUGUUACACUAUGAGAGAUGCUGGUGCUUGUAUCCACACUCACUCUCAACAUGCUGUGAUGGUGACUUUGUUCUUGGAAGGAAAGAAGGAGUUUGAAAUCAGCCACAUCGAACAGAUCAAAGCUUUACCCAAGUUGGCUCUUAACGAAAAUACUGGAAAAAUUGAAAAAAUCGGCUCCAUGGAAUACUACGAUAAGUUGGUGAUACCCAUCAUUGAAAACACUCCUCAUGAAGAGGACUUGACCGACUCCCUCCAGGAAGCAAUCAAAAACUACCCAGGAACAUCUGCAGUCUUGGUGAGAAGACACGGGAUCUAUGUAUGGGGUGAGACCGUAUGGAAGGCCAAGGUGUAUAACGAAGCAAUCGACUAUCUCUUGGAGUUGGCUGUUAAGAUGCAGCAGUCUGGUAUUCCAACGGUGAAACAGUAGAGAAGUUGUAUAAAGUUUACUGUAGAUAUUAGUUUAUAGAAUUUUGUCUAUUGUACAAUGAAG